AUGAUUCCGGCGGUAGGUUUUGGAUAUGUCACUGGAAAAUGGAGAGAGUUACCGAAGUUGCGGGAGAAAACGAAAAGAAAAGAUCCGUCAAAGCAGGUGGCUUUGGGUUUGUUUCGUUUUCCGGGUGUGGAAAACUUUGGACGUGACCGAGGUGAAGGUCGGGUGUCCGGAAAAGGUCGGGAGUUGGUGAUGACUUUGGAUGUGACUGAGGUGGAGGUUGGGUGUCCGGAAAAGGUCAACAAUCAAGAUAACAAAUGGUGUGAACAACCGAUUAAGGGGGGGCCUGAACCAACAAAAGAAGCAGCAGUGCCUAUAUUGGUUAAGGUAAUUGGGAAUAGAUCCCCUAGGAUGAAAGAGAAUGCAGCUGCAACUUUAAAUGAAAUUUGUUCUAUAAAUCAAAAGUAUUUGGUUGAGGCUCGGGAACUUGGAGUUAAGGAGAAACUAAUGGAUUUGCUACAUCAUGGUACAGACAGAGGGAGAAGAAAAGUCGGACACUUGCUGGAAAAGAUGAGUAGAUUAGCAGAGCAUCAGAAGCUAUUGGCGAGGGCGUGA